CAUCGCUGCUCUGCUCUUGAUGCAGCAGAGUGGUAACAGCAUGCUAUGGGAUGCACACGGGAGAGCCGUGUUAAUAACGGGAUGCGACAGCGGCUUCGGUUUUCACCUGGCCAAGAGGCUCGAUGCCAUGGGCUUCUGGGUGUUUGCCGGGUGCCUGCUCCCCAAAGGAGAGGGCGCUCAGCUGCUGGCUGGAACAUGCUCCAGAAGACUGAAGCUUAUAAAGUUAGACGUCACCAAAGACGAUGAUGUGACACAAGCAAAGAUGUUUGUGCAAUCAAAUCUGCCACAGAAAGGUCUUUGGGCAGUAGUGAACAAUGCUGGUAUCACAGACUGGGCCGAGACCGAGUGGAACUCGGUGAGCGACUAUUACAGAUUAGCAGAUGUCAACUUGUUUGGCUGCAUCAGGACAACUAUACCAUUCCUGCCGCUGAUCCGUUCUUCAAAAGGUCGAGUUGUUUUUAUGUCAAGCAUUUUUGCCUUUUUCAAUUGUUUAAACAUGGGAUCCUACAGCGUUUCUAAAAGAGGGAUGGAGGCGUUUGCUGACUGCUUGAGAGUGGAAAUGGCAUCUUUUGGUGUCAAGGUCAGCCUCAUCCAGCCAGGAAAUUUUGGCCCAGCAACAAAUAUUGUGAAAGAAAAAACAACCCAAGAGAUCUGGGACAAACUGGAUGAAAAUCAGCAGAAGAUGUUCAAUAAAGAGUACAUUGAACUGGCGAAUGAGUAUUUCAGUGCAACGUGCAAGGAAGGACUUAAAGAUGUAAAUAUUGUCACUGAUGCUUUGGUAGAUGCACUUACAUCCACAAAGCCAAAAUUUAGAUACCUUCUUGUGAACAGAGUGGACAAGGUAUUUUUCACCAUGCUUCCUUAUUUGCCCACAUUUCUGUCUGAUACCAUCUUUUCUCUGAGUCCUAUGUUCUCCAAAAGAAAAAUGAUGCUGUACUCAUCAGGAAAGAUAUGAAGAUGGAAAAUUUUUAAACGCAGAUUUAAUAACCAGUGGUUGAAGGUGUUAAUGCCAUGAAGAAAACGGCAUUUUGUAAAAACUUUCUUACGUAGCAACUACUGGCACCCGGAGAUCCUCAAACCGUAAACUGGCAAAAUGUGUAGUCUUGUGUUUCAGUUUGAGUGUGAAGGAUUUAUAAUUUAUGCUAUUAUUUUGUACUGAUUGUUUACCUUUUAAAAUGAAAAUCCAUGU